AUGCAAAAUGGUGGAAAUGUUGGUCAGGUGCUUGAGAGAUUGAUUAAGGGAGUUAAGGCAAUCGAGGCCAAGGUGCCUUUUUCUCGUGAUGAUCGUCUGGGAUAUUUGACUUUCUGUCCUUCCAAUUUGGGAACAACUGUGCGUGCAUCUGUACACAUUAAAUUGCCAAAGAUCAGCUCAAAGCCUGAAUUCAAAAAAAUUUGCGAAGAUAUGAAACUGCAAAUUCGUGGAAUUCAUGGGGAGCAUUCUGAAACGGAGGGUGGUGUCUAUGAUGUUUCGAAUAAGGCACGUCUUGGACUUACAGAAUAUGAAGCUGUUAAGCAAAUGUAUGAUGGCGUUAAGAAAUUAAUUGAGCUUGAAAAGGCAGCUAGUUGA